AGUUCAUAGAGUCGGCUUCGCACCUGCGAUACACGUAUCCAAGCUGGAAAGAGCAUGAUCCCACCAUGUGCAAGGCUCAAUCUGAUGCGGCGGCCGAGUGUCGUUUAGUUAUCGAUCGCCUUGCGGCGCUCGCCACAACACUGCAAACACGCUGUUCGUCCGCAACGUGCACGCCGAGAGACUCGGACAUGCUGGCGGAAAUUUAUGCGGUUCGCACACAGCUAACAUCGGCUCUGAUUUUCAUACUGUGUGCUCACAGUCCGUACGAAACAGCGUACGAUGAUCAUCAUGACCGAUUUCGAAGCAUCAUAAGUGAUGCUGCCGCGUCGGCGCGGCUGAGGCGGCGGACCAAAUUCAAUGCUUUCAAACGCUUCUCAACGCGCCCGGGUAUUGUUAGCCCUCUCUUCAUCGUGAGUGUCAAGUGCAGAGAUCCGUCACUGCGUGCUUUAGCGACAAGGGUACUGAAUGAACAAAGCCGCGAGGGGCCUGCCGAUGGACAAAUUCUGGCGGCAAUCGGUGCUCGUCUGGCCGCCCUAGAGACAUUAUCUACCGCGCCUUCUUCCCCCAGCGCUUCGCUGACUGCCUGCGACAUAGUCGAAGAACAUAGAAUUCACGGCUACUCGGUGCCUCCUCCAAGACUCAAUGGAAAAGGCCGCCGGGUCGUGGACAUUAUUUUCCAACGCCCCAACCCGCCUCUCGUGCAAGGGUGGGGUCAUGUUGACUAUUCUUGCCCGGAUGGAUGGAUCUACUGGUCAGAACCUAUCGAGAUAUAGGAUAUUUAUAGACUCCUUUGGGCAGGAAAACCGACCGUCGCUGUAUGUGUAUGAUGGGAACCGCCAAAUCGUUGGUACGCUGCUUGCAUUGCCUGUUCCUUCUUAGUCCUCUGUUGAAUGCCGAGCAGUGUAUAAUUGGAGCAAAAAUUGUUUUACCUAGCGUUCAGUCGCGAUCGAGUGAAAUUACGUGUGCAUUGGCAAUGCAUUGCCGGCGAUGGGUCUUUACAGAUUUUUAGACUAG